UAACAUUUUUAGUUGAGAUUACGCGUGAUCCUCUCCUUCUUCUCUACUAUUUUCUUUUUUGGAGACCAUCCCUUUUUUGUUGAACUUUUUCUUUAUUUUUCUUCCCUAUAUUAUUGAAAAACCAAAUAUUUUAACCAACACAAAGAGGAGGGAAAACUAAUGCAUAAAGAAGCACAAUGACUAUCUUGAAGUAGAGUGAAAAACAAGUUUGUCUAAAUUAGUUUUACUCAACAAUUCAACUUAUUCUUGAUUGAGGUUACAGAUGUUAAUUAUUAGAUGAAUUUGCGCUGCAUGGUCAUACCACCAACAACAACAACAACAACAAUGGAGGGUAGUGUGUACGCACUACUCCUACCCUGAGAGGACAGAGAGGUUGUUUACGAUAAAACCAAAGCUAAAUACAAAAUGAAAAGAAGCAGUGGCAAUAUUUUUGAUGUAAUAACUAAACAACGGAUUUCAGUUGUACCCCUAUAAGAGAAAGCCACUGCGCGCUAGCCUAGCUAUAGCUAAUAUUUUUCGGCUGGCUGUUAUGUUAGUUGUAGCGCGCCUUCUUUCCCUCCUUCUCUUACACUGGAAAAUGUAUAGGAGGGGAAUAGAUUAAUGGAAGCUUAUAGUCAAAGUAAUGAUUGUAUUUUCUGCUAGUGGAAGAGAAAGAAAGAAGGAAAGAAAGUUCCAUUCUAUUACAUUCUAUUGAAAAAGCAUAAUGGGAUUUCUACUUAACUUUUCUAGUACUCUUUUCCUCAUUGCCUCCUCUCCACUUCACCCCUUUUCUAUUCUGUUGCAUUCCCUUUUUAACACUCUACCUAUAUAUAUAUAUAUAUUUGUGAAAUUUACUCCUUGUCAAAGGAAUCAGGAGCAGACCCUUAUGGUGUGUUGAGCUCUUUUCCAUCAACAAAACCAUGAAAGAUUCAGUAGGCUUUUGCAGUUGAUGUUAUAUAAGAAUUUACUUGCCUGCAAAAUCUUCUGUAUUUGGAACCUUGAAGAGGAGCCUCGGAGCAACGGCUCAGCUCAGUCAUGUCCAGUACUCAAGUUAUUGUCCAACAAGGUUGGAAACAUACUGUGUUUUUGGAAUGCACCAAAGAAGUACAGAAGAAUAGAUGCUAAGCUUGAAACAAAAUUGAUGGAGCUUAAGAGAAGUUCAUCAGGGCAAACCAACUUCAGGUCAAUCAAUAGCAUAAUCUUGAAAUUUCCUCAGUACAAAGAGGGGUUGAAGGAGAUAAAAGGCGUCUUUGAACAGUGCGAUGAAGAUUCAAAUGGGACUAUUGACCGCAGAGAACUAAAGAAAUGCGUAAAGAAGCUGCAAUUUCAUGUUAAAGAUGAGGAAAUUGAUGAUCUUUUCGACUCGUGUGAUGUGGAUGAAAAGGACGGGAUUCAAUUCAAUGAGUUCAUUGUUCUUCUAUGCCUUGUUUAUCUCUUGAUGGAUUCAUCCUCCUCCUCUCGCAAUAUGUCGAAGAUUGGCACACCAGAGCUAGAAGCAACAUUCAAUACAAUAGUUGAGGCAUUCUUGUUUCUUGAUAAAAAUGGUGAUGGGAAACUGCACAAGAAAGAAGUCGUCAAGGCAUUAAACGACGAUUGUCCUUCCGAGAAAUCCCCUUCUCAUGUCACUCGGAUUCGAUUCAAAGAAAUGGACUGGGACAGGAGUGGCAAGGUCAGCUUCCGGCAAUUUCUUUUUGCAUUUCUUGAUUGGGUUGGUGUAAACACAGACGAUGAGAAUCACACAACUGAAAGGUAGACCGAUUGCUCAAGGCCAAAGACAAGCAAGGAAAGAAUGUGAAGCGAGGUCAGACUAGCAUCUGUACAUAUACAAUAGUUAACUGUACACGUUCAAGUUCCGAUAUUGUUGCAUUUCUGAACAUAUGUUACAAAUAAGCUUUCAUAUUAAAGUUAUAUUCUGCUAUUGUA